ACGGGACUUUUGUGCCCUUUGGAACUGCAUCAGCCACCGUCUACGUGGACACAACCGACUGUCCCAGGGACCUCCUGCCCGGCCUGACUGGGUCCUUCCUGCCCUCGAACCUGGAGCCAGACUUGGAGAGCCUCCUGCGGGGCAUUGCCAAGGCAGACAUCCCAUCCCUGACAAAGCAGGACAGGGUCACGCUGGCUGCUCUGCCCCUCUUCAUCGCACUGCCCUGCUUGGCCAACCCGCAGCCCACGAAGCUGCUACCGGCCGGUGACACUCCAGCACUGGUGCCAGAGCUGGAGCUGCCCAGAGAUGUGGUGCUGCCAGAGGCCAUGUUGCGGUGCCGGGAUGAAGCUGACCGACGACUCCUGGGGAGGCUUCAGAGGCCCCUCACCAGUACAGCCCAGGCGAUGUUGGAGGCCGUCAGAGCCGUGGCCCAGGGUGCCUAUGCAGGGCGGGCAGCCGAGACGCAGGCUCUGCUGCUCUGGGUGCUGCAGCACGGAGAUAUCCUCUUUGCACAGAGCCCUCCACUGCAGCAGGCCUGCAGCAAGCUGGCCUUCCUGGAGACCCCCAAUGGCCCCGCGUGCCCAGGAGACCUUUACGACCCCUGUGAGAGCACCUUGCGGGCACUGCUGGGCCCUGAGCGCUUUCCCCCUGCCACCUUCUGCAGCCCGCCUGUCGUCCAUGCCUUGAGAUCCCUGGGCUUGCGGCACGGUGAGGGGUGCCUGGUGCCUUCAGACAUCCUGGAGGCUGCAGCAAGUGUGAGUCGGGGUGACGCAGCGGCUCAGGACAAGGCUCAGGCAGUGAUCAAGGUCUGCACCCGCCCCAACGCACUGGCUGGCUUCAGCACUGCAAAGCUUAGGCAGCUCCAGGCCCUGCCAUGGGUUCCUCGUUCCAAGUGCACUGGAAAGCCUGGGCAGCUCUUCCUGCCCCCUAAGGAGCUGCGAUCCAUCCAGUUCCAGCCGCUGGUGGGGCUUGUCAUGCACCUGACCAGCGCCUUUGUGCCAGAGGCAGAGCAGAAACUGGGGCUGAGCCAGAUCCCCCCGCCAGAGAAAGUGUGGGAGCAGCUGAGGCAUCUGGCACGGAGCAGGGACAUGGGUGAGGUAGGUACCGCACUCCGGCCUGUCUACCAGCACAUGCAGGAAAACCUGCAGACCUUUGGGGCUGUCCCAGCCGAUGCUGUGGUGUGGACUGGGGCUGGGUUUGUUCUGCCGUGUGAUGCCGUGCUGGGCUAUCCUGAGGAGCUGGAGGUGGAGCUGGCAAUGCUGGUGCCCCGGGUGCCCCCUGCCUUCCUGUCCUACAGCUGCCUCUUCAGGGCUUGGGGGGUGGAGGCGAAGGUGAGUGAGGAGAGGGCAGUUGCAGCCCUGUGCUGCCUGGGGCAGGACAUAGACACGCGCAGCUCCAGAGCUGGCACUGCAGCAGAGCUGCAGGUGGCUGUAGCUGUCCUGGAGUGGCUGAAGAGUCGGGGGCACCAGGGCAAUGGCACGGUGCCGGUUCCUGUGAGGAUCCUGGAUGGCUCGGGCUUUGUCCUCCACCCGGCUGCCUCUACUGUGUACCUGGACAUGGAGCUGGAGGCAGAGGAGGAUGUUCAGGAGGUGGUGCAUGAGGCAAUGCCAUCCAGCACAGCCAUAUUCCUUGGCACGGAGCUGCUCAGCACACGGGUAUUGGGGCCAGAGCCGUUCGUGGCUUGUGGCCCCUCGGAGCCCAUCACCUUACGGCUCCGCAACAUCCUCCGGGAGUAUGGCGAGGAGGGCGACCUCUUCACAGAGAUGGUCCAGAAUGCGGAGGAUGCUGAAGCUACUGUGUGCCGUUUCCUCCUGGACCUCCGACACCGCAGAGAGGCCACCUCAGGGCUGCUGGACCCCAACAUGAUUGCCUGCCAUGGCCCUGCCCUCUGGGCCUACAACAACGCCCUGUUCACAGAGGAUGACCUCCGUAACAUCACACGGGUUGGGGCUGCUACGAAGGAGGGCCAAGCAGGCCGGAUCGGGCGCUUUGGGCUGGGCUUCAGCUCUGUCUACCGUGUCACAGAUGUGCCAGCGGUGCUGACUGGGGAGACACUGCUCAUCUUUGAUCCCAACGGCACCCAUCUGGGCAAGCACAUCCCCAGGGCUGGCUGCCCUGGCAUCCGCCUGGACUUCUCCAGCCGACCACGCAUUCUCCGUGCCUUUGCUGAGCAAUUCUGGCCCUACCAUGGUAUCUUUGGGUGCCGCCUCCCUGAGCCAGGACCCUUUCCAGGGAGCCUUUUCCGCCUGCCUUUUCGCACUGAAGAGGAAGCUGUGAAAUCACAGAUUUGCUCAGAGGCCUUUGGUACAGAGCGCAUCCAGUCCCUUGGCACCAGCUUCCUUGGCUCUAACCAGCUCCUGCUUCUCUUCCUACGGAAGGUGAAGGAGAUGUCCCUGGAGAUGCUGCCAGACACGGCCACCUCUGCGGAGGAUACCGUGCCUCUGGCUAUACUGCGACAAAAGGAGAUACGAGACCUGGGGUCCCCUGGAGACCCCCCAAGCUGGGCAGCCAUCGAGCAGCUCACAGCCUGCGAGGAGGCAUCCAAGACCACGAGGCACUACCUAGUUUUGGUGUGUCAAGGUGAUGGGGAGUUGCUGGAACUGUUUCACCAGAACACACAGGCAGGGCUCCAUCCUCCACCUCCCAUGGCUGGUGUGGCCCUUCCCCUUGCCCUUACUGCAGAUGGCAAGUGGGUGCCGCGUCUAGGUGCCGAGGAGGGGAAAGUCUUCUGCCACCUUCCCAUGCCAGUGGCCUCAGGGCUGCCAAUCCACGUGCACGGGGCCUUCAGCAUUCUCUCAAACCGCAAGGGGCUGUGGGACACAUCAGAGCAGGGUAAGUGGAACCGGAUGCUGCUUCGCAAUGCCGUGCCAGCUGCCUGGCUUCGGGCGCUGGAUCACCUCCGUGCCAUGCAUGAGGCAGGUGAAUUGAAGAGCUAUGAAUAUCAUGUUUUCUGGCCGGACACCAACACUGCACGUUACCCCUUUACGGAGGCUGUGACUGGCUUCUACCACUCUGUGGCAGCCAGGAAUGGCCCCAAGCUCUUUUCUGAUGGCUGCUCGUGGUGCUCACUGCAGGAUGCCCGCUUUCUGCACCAGGAUGUGGUCAGACAUCCCAAGCUGGGUGCCACGGCAAAGCGUGUCUUUGCCACCGCCCUGCCUCAUCCCCUGUUAGCUGUGACCUUGCCAGAACACGUGCAGAGGGGCCUCGGGAAGGCAGUGGAUGCUGGCACCUAUGACUGGCCCCGCUUUUACUGUGAGCUUGUGCUUCCCAACUUGAAAGACCUCUCUGUUGUUGACCGGGACCCGCUGAUUCUCCAUGCAUUGGAUAUGUCCCAUGAUGAUGUGGACAAAGUGCUGCAGACAGUGCCCUGCAUUCCUGUCACCCCUCAUGGUCGCCUGCAGCUCAUCAAUUGCCUGGUGCAUCCCAGAGGCCGCACUGCCUCUUUAUAUGACCCUGAGGAUGGGCACUUCCCCAGUGGGGACGCCUUCCUCUCCCCAGAACGACUAAGCCAACUGGAGAGACUUGGCAUGAUUAAGGACACAAUGACCCUGCCAGAACUGCUGGAGCGGACAAAGACAGUGCAGCUUAUCUGGACCAAGGACCAUGCUCAGGCCUGCCGAAGGGCUGCCUGCAUCCUUGAGCUCCUUCAGGAUGCAGUGGAGAAGAGGGUGAACAACACCAUGCAGGCAGCUUUCCAGACUGUGCCCUUCCUUCCUGGUACACUGCCCACUGGAGAACACGUGCUGUUUCCAGCUGCCCAGCUCUACCAUCACGCCAAUGCCCCGCUAUUGGGGCUCAUCCACCCUAUCUUGGCUCCUAAACUGCUGGGGGAAAACUUCAGACUCGCCAAGGAGGUUGCAUCCUUCUUGGGGCUAGACCGGCAGCUACCAGCAGCUACAGUCCUUGAGCAGUUGCAGGCACUGACCUGUAGCUCCAACCGUCUCGCUUUGGAAGACCUGAGAGACAGCACCCACUGCUGCUACAAGUACUUGAACAACCUGCUCCAGAGAGACCACUCCAGCUGGGGUGAGGUGGCUUCUGCAGUAGCCCAAAGGAACCCCUUCAUCUUGGUGGGCUCCCGCUUUGUGCCGGUCAUGGCUGUGGCUAAGACGCUGUUGUUUGAGGCUGUUCCAUAUCUUCACCAGCUCCCAGAGCAGUACCAGCCCUACAGCCAACUCUGGGAGUGUGUGGGGCUACGUAGCACAUUCACCUGGGAUGAUUAUGCCCAAGUGCUCUGCAGCUUGGCAGAGCUGCAUGCUGGAGAGCCACUGCCUGCCACGGAGCUGACUCUGGCCUUGCGGCUGGUGUCCUGUGGCUUGAUGGCAGAUGACAAAGAGCCAAAUGCUUACCAGACCCAGCAGCUCUUUCUACCUGACCAGGAGGGCAUUUUGCGUCCACGGGACAAGCUCCACUUUAAUGAUACACCAUGGAUGCCAGUGGACAGAGAUGUCCAUCUGUGCCAUGAACAGCUGUCCCGAGCCACAGCCCUGCACUGUAGGGUGCCUACCACACGCCACUGGGCACUGGAGAGAAGCCGACUGCUCACCGCAGAUCUGAGCCUCUGGGCGCAGCCGUUUGGUGCCCAUGAAGACUUGCCUACAAGGCUAAAGAAUAUCUUGGGUGAGUACCCAGUAUCCGCUCGUGAUAUAGUGACAGAGUUGCUCCAGAAUGCAGAUGAUGCUGGUGCAGGGCUGGUGCACUUUGUGUGGGACCGCCAGCAGCACCCCACAGAUGCCACUUUCAGUGAGAACUGGAACUUCCUGCAGGGCCCUGCCCUCUGCAUCUACAAUGACAGCCCCUUCCAGCAGCAGGACAUUGAAGGCAUUCAGCGUCUGGGAGUGGGUGGCAAACAAGGUCGGCAGGAUGUCACAGGCAAAUUUGGCCUUGGCUUCAACACUGUCUUCCACUUUACUAACUGCCCAGCCUUCCUCACUGGAGACAGUGCCCUGUGUGUCUUUGAUCCCCAUCUCUACUACGUGCCCGGAGCCACAGCUGAGAGUCCUGGUGGGAUGUUCGCUGUCAACCCUGAAUUCAAGAAGACCUUUCCAGACAUUUAUGGCACCUUCCUACCUUCCUUCUUCAACCUAAACCAGGGUGUCCUUUUCCGGCUGCCCCUCCGCACUGCAGCUGAGGCUGCCUUCUCCAGGGUGUCUGACUUGGUCGUGCGAGACCAAGACCUCAUGGACAUGGAGAGAGUACUGGCUGAGGGAGGUGAGGACUUGGUGCUCUUCCUCCGGCACGUCCGCACUGUGGUUUUCUCCGAGAUCCCCCCAGGCAGGGAGCAGAUGUUGGAGAAGCUGCGAGUGACCACAGAGCUGACGGACAGUGAUGCAGAGCUGAGACGGGGUUUUCAGGCGAGACUGAGCCAAGCCAUGGAUGGGAACAGCCCCACCUCUGUCUCAUAUAGCUUGACAGUCAAAACCAGCAAGGCCAGGACCAGCACCGUAUGGAGGGUGAUCUCCCAAAUUGGGGUGCAUCAGGGGGCUGACAAGUCUCCGGUUCCUGAGCGGCUGCCCUAUGGGGCUGUGGCUGCCUGCCUGAAGCAAUUUCACUUCAACAAAGUCAUGGGCAAAGCUUUCUGCACUCUCCCGCUGCCGCUGACCACAGGGCUGCCUGUGCACAUCAAUGCCAACUUCUCUGUGGAUGCAGCCAGACGCAAUCUCCGCCAGGACGCAGGCAGCACAGAGGCAGCCUGGAAUGGCUUCUUGCUCCAGUACUUGCUAGUUCCACUCUACUGUGCCUUUCUCACCAGGCAGUGGAAAGCCCUGAGGCGUGAAGAGCUCCAGUUCGAGACCCUGAAUGCCUGCCAGCAGCACCUGGCCUCCCGCUACCUCCAGUUCUUCCCUGCUGCAACAAAGGUGCAACGCACCUUUCAGGACCUGGUGAGAGCUGUCUAUAGGCACAUCAGUCAUGCACGCCUGCCCUUGGUGCCUGUGUACCAUGUGAAGCCACCUGACAGAAUGGUGACAAUAACCUGGGCAUGUCCAGGUGGUGGGGAUGUGCUAACAGAGCCAUACUUCCUCCAGGAGAUGCCUGAGCCAGCUCUCCAGGUGGUGCUGCAGCGCCUGAACAUGAAGCUGGUGCCAGCAUUCUGCUACCUGCGGCAGAUCUGUGAGGAGUUCACUGAAGCCCAUGUGGAUGUUGUUGCCUUGGAGCCAGCCUCUCUCCGGCGCUUCCUCAAGGCUUUGGCACUCCCUGUGCCCUGCCUGCUGGCUGAGACACCACUGGAGACCCCAAAGAACUGCUCCAUCCUGCUGCAACACUGCCUGAAGCUCACAGACGUGGACAGUGCAGAACUGGAAGGCUUGCCCUUGCUGGCCACAGAAGAUGGCUGCCUGAAUGUCCUCAGCAUCCACCACCCAGUCUUCCAGAACAACUUUGCCCACCUUUUCCCCCACCACUGCCAUCACUUUGCCCACAAGUUCAUUUCUGACUUGACCCUGCCUCGCUUUGUGAAGGAGCUUGGACUCCUGGAGGCCACACCACUAAUCCAGGAGACACUAGGUCAGCUGAACUGGACCACACAGGGGGAGAAGUGGCUCAAGAAGCUGUGGAAGUUCUUCAGUUCUGUGGUCUAUACGUCCAUGAAGGCCACAGAGAAGUUGGAGGCGGACAUGAAGUCAUUCAUGGAUCAGCUUCAGGAUCUGGUGGUGCUGCCUGUUCAGGGGGGUAAGACAGGCUCGAAGCACCUACUGCCACUAUCCUCCCUCCCCAAUGUUCUUUUUGAGUGUGACAUGAGUGUGGACAAGGUGCUGCACAAACUCGGCAUCCCUGUGCUUCAGCAGUCCCUGCUGCCUUCUGACUUUGCCUACCACUGCCUGAAAACAAGGGCACUGCAGGUCAAAGAGCCCAGGGCUGUACUGGCCCAGCUGGUGGACAACAGAGCUGAUCUUCGCUGGAAGGAGUUAAACAAGUCCGAUGUGACUGUCCUGCUGUACUUUGUGAAGGGAAAACUGGAUUCAUCAGCACUGCAGCAGCUCCGGAUCCUGCCUCUCUUCCAGAAGCAUGAUGGGGACUAUGUACCUGUGGCACCCUUCCGCAAGGUGCUGUUGCUCCGCAGCCUGUUCCCAAAACUGCCCCCAGGUGUCCAAUCUCUGUACAGCCUGGAGAAGGACAUGUUACUGCUCACAGCAGACAGCAGCCACCAGGAGCUGGCCAAGGAUUUGCAGUGGGGGCUCACAGAUGACCAGCAGCUCUUCAUGACUGUGGUGCUACCCCGGCUGUCCCAGCUCACAGCACAAGAGCUUAUGGAAGCUGUGCGGUUGUUCUUUGCCCUGCAACCCAUCUGUGACACCAAGUUCAAGGAAGCUGCUGUGGCGGCUUUUCAGACUGUGGCCUUUAUACCUGAUGCCAAUGGUAUGCUGCAUCUGGCCUCCUACUACUAUGAAAACACGCCCUCCUUCUGCACUCUGCGGCUCCAACACCGCUUUGUGCCCAAGUUUUUCUUUGCAGAGCUACAGAGCUACAACUGCAAAGCUGUGAAUGAUUUCCUGCUUCAGGCAGGUGUCCGCACCAGCCUGUCUGUGGAAGAUUUUGUGGUGCUGGCCCAGGAGAUAGAACAUGAAGCCACUCAGACAGGGUGCCACACUAAAGACCUGCUGGCACGACAGGAGGAGAUGCUUAAACAGCUUGGCACCAUGUUGGUCAAUCCCUUGUCAGGGGAUUUACUGGGGCAAAUUGCCUCAAUCCACUUCCUGCCUUCACUGGACAUCCCCCCAAACUUGGUGAACCUCCACCUCCCUUUUGCAGCCUGUACUAAGCCCGUGGCCCUGAAGGGCAGUGUUUACCACUGCCAAGAAGAUGUGGCUGAGCUCCUGUGGGCAUCAGCCACCAUCCUGCCAAAGUCCUUUUUAAUGAAACAGGACCUCCUGAAGGCCGUGGGAGUCCUUGUAGAGAUACCCACAGCCCUGGUGGUGGCCAACUUGAAGCAGGUGUGCAGGGCAGCCUGCCAGACGCCGCAGCAGGUGAGCACACGGGCCAGUGUGCUCCAGAAGAUGUACAACUUCUUACAGAACCAUCUGAAGGACAUCGAUGCAGGGUGCCUCGCUGAGCUGCCCGUAGUGCUGGUCAAGUCAGGGGACAUGGCCACACCACGGCAAGUGGUGACAGCACUCCCAGAUGAGGCUGAUUUUUACCCCUAUCUCCUCACACCUGAUCCUCACAUAGCUGUCUAUGGAGACCUCCUGCAACACCUCGGGGUGGUCCUGCUCCCCACACUGUCUCACUACAGCCAUGUCCUAGCCCAAAUCCACCAGGAGAGCCAUGUCAAUGGGAUCCUCAGUACUAUCCAGAAGAAGACAGUCCUGCUGGCCACGCGACACUUCUUCCAGCUACUGCAGGAGGCAUCGGAGCCCCCUGAUUUCUCCACUGUGGCUGAGCUGUACUUGCUGAGCACUGCUGACUGCCUAGAGCCAUCCCACAGGUUGUACUUCAAUGACUGUGUGUCCUCAAAUACCUUUAGGCUCUUGGGGAAGACCUUUGUGUUUAUGGCUGAACUGCCAGGGACCAGCUGUAAUUCCCAGUGGCUGCUGCAAAAGCUACCCCUGCGCCUGCGGCCACGGGCCCUCUCAGAGGUGACAGAGCAGCGGCUGGAGGAGGGCAGUGUGCGGCCGUGUCGCUACGGUUCUCACUGCCCUGGGCAGAAGCAUCUGCAGACCCUUCUGGUGUCACCGUGGUUUAGGAUGGGGCUGGAGGCCCUGCUCCGGUGGCAGAGCCACAGGGCUAUGAUGAGAAUGGAGGGAGAUGCUGGCUUUGCAGUGGAGCAGCUGAAAGUGAAGUGCUGCGAGGACAUAUGCACUGUGCUGGUUCACUCUGGUGCAAAGGUGGAGGGCAGCUCCCAGUCACGGGUCAUCCAUGUGUGCGUAGCUGGUGGUGCCCUGCGACUCCUCUACAUCCGGCAUGCGGAGUUGGUGCUGGACCGGCACCAGCUAAGGAUCCUGGAGACACUAGCACAGGAGAUCAAUACCAUCCUGGGUGGACAGCUGGAGGCACCUGCUUUGUCAGUGCUGCGUGAAAUGCUGGUCUGCCAGAAGCCACAGGAUGUGGCCUUUGUUCUGGAGGAGAAUGAUGUUGCACUGGUGGGUGCUGCACCAGAGCCAGAGGAGGUCAUGGCAUCAGAGCUGGAGCCAGAGCUGGAGAAGAGGCUGCAGGAGAAGGCUGUGGCAGAGGGAAAGCCAUGGAAGGAUUGUCACAAUUCUCUGAGCUCUGCCAAGCACCACCGCUGGGGACAAGAAGGCUCCUGGUUGUGCAAGAAGGAGGCCAUGGCCCUGACUCCAUCCAUCCCAGAGGCUCGGCGGUGGCUACAGCAGGCCAAAAGUGACCUGCAGGCAGCCCACAAUGACGUCAGGCACUACUGCACCAACUGGGUCCUCUUCAAGGCUCACCAAGCCCUGGAGAAGGCACUGGUGGCUGCCAUACUUUGCCAUGGUGAGGGCUUUGAGGCCUCAAUGGGGCUGGUGGGGCUGGCCCAAUGGCUGGAGGUGGUGGAGCCAAAGCUGAGGGGCCUGGCAGAGGAGGUAGAGUGGUUGUGUCGCUGUGGCAUCAAUGGCAAGGCCACACAAUACCCAGGUUACCACCCCUUCCCCACCAUCCCCAGCGAGGCCUUCCACGGUGUGGAUGAGGAGGAG